AUGCAUUUCCCAGGCGCCUUCUUUCUCGCCCUGCUGCCUUCUUUGGCACUGGCACAUCCCCAUCCGGACUCAGCCCUCGAGAAACGAAGCCAAACGCUCAUUCCAACGUCCUGCUUCGACUCCACCUCUGCUCUCACCACGUUCUUCGAAUACCAUUAUCCAUGGGGACAAACUCAUAACGGAGCCGCCAUUAUGUGGAGUGGCCAUUCUCAGAUUUUGUCACCGGGAACUUUGACUCUUUGGUCAACCUAUACGGGUAGCUCCCCGUAUAGUUAUGAUUCUGGUACCGUGUACGCAAAGCAACAAUUCACUGUCGCCCAAGGUAGUGGCCUGACUUUCUCUGCCGAUUUUAUCGCCCCUGUUGCCAAAGGUACCUGGCCUGCUUUCUGGCUAACUGGCGCCAACUCGUGGCCCCCCGAGGUUGACAUCGCCGAAUGGAAAGGAAACGGAAUGAUCAACUUCAACACGUUCAACACGUCGAGUGCUGUGCAGGUGACUCAAAUUCCGUACAAUAAUCCUGGAUCCUUCCACACAAUUCGUGCUGUGCUCGAAGAUGAGAAUGGAAGUGAUGUGAGCAUUAAAUUCUACAUGGAUGGACAGCAAACAGCUCAUCAAUAUGCACAUGGCCUAGUGGGACAGCCAUUGUGGUUGAUUAUUGAUUUGCAGAUGGAGGGAAGCAGUGGCAGUCCAGGGCCGAAAUCAAAAACAAACUAUGAAAUCAAAAACCUCCAGGUCACCCAGCCUUGA